AGCCCAUCACCAUUUUUGACAAGAAAAAAGUGAGCAUUGUGUGGAUAGUCCAGAUUUUGAGAAAAUAAAACAGACCUGCCGCCGCCAUGUCCAUGUCAAAAACCACAAACACCUACAAUCGGCAGAACUGGGAGGACGCCGAGUUCCCUAUCCUGUGCCAGACUUGCCUGGGCGACAAUCCUUACGUCCGGAUGAUAAAAGAGCGCUUCGGAAAGGAGUGCAAGAUCUGCACGCGACCGUUCACCAUAUUUAGAUGGUGUCCCGGCGCCCGGAUGCGCUUCAAAAAGACGGAGAUCUGCCAGACGUGUGCGCGCCUGAAGAACGUGUGCCAGACCUGCCUCCUCGACCUGGAGUACGGCCUUCCCAUCCAGGUGCGCGACGCCGCCCUCAAAGUGGCGGACAAUAUGCCGCAAAGCGACGUGAACAAGGAGUACUACAUCCAAAACAUAGACGCCCAGCUGCAGGACGGAGACGGCACCGAGGCGGCCGGGGCGGUCGGGCGAUCACUCGCCGCCAACGAAAUGCUGUCCAAGCUGGCGCGCACGGCGCCCUACUACAAGCGGAACAGGCCGCACAUCUGCUCCUUCUGGGUGAAGGGCGAGUGCAAGCGUGGCGAGGAGUGCCCCUACCGCCACGACAAGCCCAACGAGCCGGACGACCCGCUGUGCGAGCAGAACAUCAAGGACAGGUACUACGGACGCAAUGAUCCCGUGGCCGAGAAGAUCAUGAAGCGGGCCGCCUCGCUUCCCACCCUCGAGCCGCCGGAGGACCGCAACAUCACGACUCUGUACGUGGGAAACCUUCCCGAGGAGAUAACGGAGCCAGAGCUGCGAGAUCAGUUCUACCAGUUUGGCGAAAUCCGAUCCAUUGCGCUGGUGCCACGCCAGCAAUGCUCUUUUGUGCAGUACACCAAACGGAGCGCUGCCGAGCUGGCCGCCGAGCGAACGUUCAAUAAACUGGUGAUCCAAGGCCGGAAGGUGAGCAUCAAGUGGGCUCACUCCCAGGCGAAACAGGGCACGGCCGCCAAGACAGACAGACGCUUCGAUGUGGCCGGCAUUCCGCCGCCCAGCGCCAAGCCGAACGACUACUUCAAUCUGCGCCAGGAGCAGAUCAACGUCAUGCCCGCCGGCAUGAAGUUGCACCAGCUGCCUUCGAACCUGGUCCCGGCUUCGGCAUACCAGAUGUACAGCCAGCCGACCUACGCAGCGCCCUACGGAAACGCCAGUUCCACAGCCGCGUCUACCUCGGGUGUGGGCCUCGACUCCAUAAAUAUUCCUCCGCCACCUGGCCAAAUACCCUAUCCCAGUCAGGACGCCAGUCGGAUGGGAGCUGUAAAGAAAUAGACAAUAAUAUCUACAAAUUUUGCGCAAAAAAAAAGCUUUUUAUAAAAUCCAAUACAAAGAUCGAAAAUAAAUUAAAAAAUUCCGUGGACCAAAGCUACUUUUUCUUUCUGGCAAUAUUAGACUAUGUAUGGACCUUAAAAAAAGUAAAAAUUCAUAUAAAGGCGUGGAAUAUUUAACUUAAACCUAUGUAUCUUCAUUGAACGCCUGCCUGUUCGUUUCGACGGCGAGAUCUUAGAAGACUUUUUGAUUUGAGAUUUAACAAGCGGAUUCUAGUUAUACCUAAAUCAGCGUAAGUUUAUAAACUGUUAUUAUUAAAUCGUUUUUUAAUUUGGCAC